AUGGCCGGUGCCCCGGUGCCCAGCAUCUCUCGCAUGUUUCGACGCUGCCUGGAGGAGUUCGCGGAGAUCCGGCCCGAGGAGUUUGCCUCCAACGAGGUCUUCGAGACCCGGCGAAUGGAGCUCCUGCGCGACGUCAAGGACGUGAACGCGGCCUUGCGCCGCCCCGGCGCGCCCAUUUCCGCGCGCCGCCCGAAGCGCGCCUGGGGGAUGUGCCGCGUGCUGGAGCAGAUGGGCGCCUCCAACUUCACGGGGCCCGGUGAGGCUGCGCAAGCAGCUCAGUCAAAAGCAGCGCUGAAGCCUGAAGCAGCAGCUUUGCCGGAAGCAGCAGUUGUGGCUGAGCCAGCUGUUCUGCCCGAACCAGCUGCGGAGGCUGCGCAAGCAGCUCAGUCAGAAGCCGUGCUGAAACCUGAAGCAGUGCUGAAGCCUGAGGCAGCUCUGGUGCCUGAGCCAGCUGUUCUGCCCGAACCAGCUGCGGAGGCUGCGCAAGCAGCUCAGUCAGAAGCAGCGCUGAAGCCUGAAGCAGCAGCUUUGCCGGAAGCAGCAGUUGUGGCUGAGCCAGCUGUUCUGCCCGAACCAGCUGCGGAGGCUGCGCAAGCAGCUCAGUCAGAAGCCGUGCUGAAACCUGAAGCAGUGCUGAAGCCUGAGGCAGCUCUGGUGCCUGAGCCAGCUGUUCUGCCCGAACCAGCUGCGGAGGCUGCGCAAGCAGCUCAGUCAGAAGCCGCGCUGAAUCCUGAAGCAGUGCUGAAGCCUGAGGCAGCUCUGGUGCCUGAGCCAGCUGUUCUGCCCGAACCAGCUGCGGAGGCUGCGCAAGUAGCUCAGUCAAGAGCAGUGUUGAAGCCUGAAGCAGCAGCUUUGCCGGAAGCAGCAGUUGUGGCUGAGCCGGCUGUUCUGCCCGAACCAGCUGCGGAGGCUGCGCAAGCAGCUCAGUCAGAAGCAGCGCUGAAGCUUGAAGCAGUACUGAAGCCUGAGGCAGCUGUGGUGCCUGAGCCAGCUGUUCUGCCCGAACCAGCUGCGGAGGCUGCGCAAGCAGCUCAGUCAGAAGCAGCGCUGAAGCUUGAAGCAGUGCUGAAGCCUGAGGCAGCUGUGGUGCCUGAGCCAGCUGUUCUGCACGAACCAGCUGCGGAGGCUGCGCAAGCAGCUCAGUCAGAAGCAGCGCUGAAGCCACCAGCCCAGGAGCAAGCACAGAGCGUGGACUUGCUGAGCAUGGAGGAGCUGCACAGCCGUGUUCGGGAGAUUUGCAAGAAGCGAUCCUUCCGCAGGCCAGUGAGCCGAGCGAAAGACCCGGCAGAAGCGAGAACCCGGGACGCCUGUGCAGAAGGCGCCGGCUACGGCGGCUCGGCCUCGGCUGCAGGCCCCGUCUCCAAGAAGGUGGCGGUGCUGGCGGGGGAUGGCAUCGGCCCGGAGGUGAUGGCGGAGGCCGUGAAGGUGGUGCGGAAGGUGGGGGAGCUGCAUGGGCAUGACUUUAGCUUCACGGACUACAAGGUGGGAGGUGCAGCAUGGGCAGCCACUGAGGCUGCAGGGGAGACCCCGAGCCACCUGCCUGCCACCACGCUGAAGGGUUGCGAGACCUCAGAUGCUAUCCUCUUUGGCUCCGUGGGAGGUCCGGUUGAUAAGCAGCACGAGCCGCAGUGGAAGGACUGCGAGAAGAAUGCGCUCCUGGGCCUGCGGAAGCGCUUCAACCUGGCUGUGAACCUUCGGCCUUCCAAGGUCUAUCCCUUCCUGUCGCAUCUUUGCCCGCUGAAGCCGUCCAUCAUAGGCGCCGGGGUCGAUAUGAUCAUCAUCCGCGAGCUGGUCGGAGGCAUUUACUUCGGCGAGCACAAGAGAGACGGCGACAAGGCAUUCGACGUGAUGGAGUACACUGUGGAGGGCAUCCGGAAGCCCAUGAUCUUCGCCUUCGAGGCGGCCAGGCUGCGGCGCAAGAAGGUCACAGUUGUGGACAAGGCCAACGUGCUGGAGUGCUCCCGCUUGUGGCGCGAGGUCGCGCGGGAUGUUCACAAGAACUAUCCCGACGUUGAGCUGGAUUUCAUGUACAUAGACAACGCCUGCAUGCAGGUCAUCCAGAAGCCUUCCUUCUUUGACGUGGUCGCCACCGGGAACAUGUUUGGCGACAUCCUCUCUGAUGCAGCGAGCGUUCUGCCUGGCUCGUUGGGCUUGAUGCCCUCGGCGUCGCUGGGUGACGGCCUUCACAUGUACGAGCCCAGCGGCGGCAGCGCGCCGGACAUCGCAGGCAAGAACAUGGCCAACCCCAUCGCUCAGAUCCUGAGCGGCGCUAUGAUGCUGAGGUAUUCCUUUCAGCUGGAGAAGGAGGCCGCUGCCAUUGAGGCGGCCUGCGAGACAGUGAUGAGGUCGGGCAAGCUGACAGGAGACCUUCUGGAGGAAGACAAGCGCAGCAGCGCGGUCUCCACCAGCGACAUAGGCGACGCGGUGAUCGCUGCGCUGAAGUGA